AUUAAAUAUUUCAGGCUACACGGCCUCAGCCCACAAACAUCAAUAUUAUCGAACACAAAAAGAACAGCAGAAAAUUGAAAAACUUUCUCACUCAAAUCUCCGCAUAUCACCGUUUCUCUCUCGCUGUCUCUGCUCUCCGAGAGUUCGUAAACGAUGACCGCUCUUGCAAAUGCAUUUCUUCCUACAAAGAAUCCUCUAAUCCAGCUAUCAUCAGGUUCUUCCUUGAAGCCGGUGGACAUGUCUCUUGUGAACAUUGGCCCCAGCAAUUUGUCUUUCAGUUUGAUUCACCAGAGGAAAGCAAAACUUUCCACUAAUAGGUCACUUUCAGUUCAAGCAGGGUACAGUGGGGAUGCUGGAAAACAAAGCAGUUCAAGUAUCUUUAUUGGUGGCUUUAUAUUUGGAGGGAUAGUGGUUGGAGCACUAGGUUGUGUAUUUGCACCUCAGAUCAGCAAGGCACUAGCUGGUGCUGACAAAAAAGAUUUGAUGAAAAAGCUUCCAAAAUUUAUCUAUGACGAAGAAAAAGCCUUGGAGAAAACAAGGAAGAUAUUGACAGAGAAGAUAGAACAGUUGAACUCUGCCAUUGAUAAUGUAUCUGCUCAGCUACGUGUAGAAGAUGCUGCAAAUGGGGCAGCUGCAGCUGUACCUUCAGGUGAAAUUGAAGCUACAAAAUGAGAAUGGUUCCUUUUGCUAUAUGGUAUGUUUUUCCUUGAACCACAUGUUCUCCCUGGUCAGAGAAUACUGUAAGUACUGUUAUCUUAAGCCAUUUUGUUGAUAGAUUGUCUUAAAUAUUGUAGGUUGUAGCUUUUAUAUUAGUAAAUAUGCUUUUGUCUAAAUAUUGAGAGCCAAUAAUUUACCUGGACUGGGAUAUGUGUGGCCAUGCUUCUGCUUAUAAUGUAAGUAUGCAGUUAUGGAGAUUGGACCCGACUUCCAAGCUUCAGGGUUCAAACCAUAGGCGCUUGCUGUCAAAAA